UUCUGUCUCGAUGAACACAAGGUGUUUGUUGGAAUGCUCAGGAGCAUAAUUUCGGUUUCUUUUCCUCUCCUUGUCCGCCACCGCGACGCGUUAACGUUGGCAUCAUAUGAUGUGAGGGGUCGUGCAGCAUAAUUGACCUUUUUCUAUUGCAAGAUGCUGUUGCGCAGUCUGUCCUUCCCAUUUCCUUGUAGCUUCGGGAGAAGACUUUGCGCUGGUCCUUACUCUCUCUCUUACAAAUUGCGCCCUGCUUGACGUUAAGUGUUUUUUUUUUUGCGAGAACGUUAAGUUAUUUCAUUGCUUAUGCGGGCGGAUAAGCGUGUCAUUUGUCUCUACAUUAGAUUAGCUCAUUCAUGGGGCGAGCAGGCUUGCUGCUGAGCCAAUAGAGACUAACAACUGAGGCACUUGGAGGAAGAGAUUGGGAGGAAAGAAAAGGAGAGGAACCAAGAAGCUAGGAUGAUCGAUGCAGUGGGCGGCGUAGCGAAGGUUGUUGGAGUUGCCCUCAAGAUCAAGGAGGCGGCCGAUACAGUUCGUCAGAAUAAGAAGGAUUGCCAUCACAUUAAGAGCCGCAUUGAGAUACUCAAUAAAACACUCUCGCAGCAUGGGAAUAACAUGGAGUUGAUGGAGGAUUCAGCGGUGAUGGCUGCGCUUGAGGCACUCGACAAGAUACUUGGUGAGGCGCUUGAGGUCAUCAUCGAGUGCCAGGAGGAGAGGAAUAUCAUUUGUGUUUACUACACCUCUGGGAAGCUGUCCCGGCAGUUAAGCAAGGUGGAGCAGCGUAUAUCGCAUCUAAACUCGGACGUAAUGUUGACCAUCAUGAGCUACCAACUGCCGAGGAAAUAUCAAGACGGUGUUCCACCUCUGCAUUCACAGGUUCACUCUAGUAUACGCACACCUUUCCAUUCCCAAGCAAUGCAACCACCAAGUCUGCCACAAAAGAUGACGAAACAAUAUCAAGACGAAGCUGACAAGCAAGUUCGGAUCCAGACAUCACAAAGGGAUGGUUUGCUUCCCAGAUUCAUAGAAUGGAAGGGAGCUGGUGACUUAUCUUUUAAGCAUAUGCUGCAAAGCGCACAAGCGUAUGAAGUCGCCCCUCCAGUAACAAUAGACAGCGAGUGGGAUGACCCUCCAGUAAGAGUCGACAGCGCGUGGGAUAGCUCAAUUAAUUUCUUCCCACGCGCACGCGCGUAUGAAGCCGCCCGUCCAGUAACAAUAGACAGCGAGUUGGAUGCCUCUCCAGCAAGAGUCGACAGCCAGUGGGAUAGCUCAAUCAAUUUCUUCCCACGUGCACACGCGUAUGAAGCCGCCCGUCCAGUAACAAUAGACAGCGAGUUGGAUGCCUCUCCAGCAAGAGUCGACAGCCAGUGGGAUAGCUCAAUCGUUGCUCUAGGUUGCUGCUGCAAUAUGGCAAGAAAGCGUACUCCCCAAAAGCUCGUUCCCCAACCAUCGUCUGCCCCUGGUCUUGAUGGUGGGAGGACCGGUCAACCACGCAGCCUGCUUCAACAAAUUGCUGAAGUUGCACGCAACAUCAAAGAGGUGGUGGAGACGGUUAUUCAGAAUGAGGAAGACUGCAUUGAGAUUGAUAAGCGUGUGACCAAAGUCAGUACCCUCCUGUCGCAGCUCGAGAACACGGCAAUGGCGGAAGAACCAGCGAUGCGCGACGCACUAAAGAAGCUCCUUGUGACCUUCUGUGAAGCCCACAAACUCGUCACUGCCUGUCAAAGAAGGGGCCUCAUCAUCAUGUGUGCUUCCAGCUCGCCUGGUAAACUGUCUAAACAACUACAUGAGGUACUGGAUCAGAUGGUAUCUAACAUCAAUCAAAUGAUUGCCGUCGUUGUUAACUCCACCCUCCACCCGCAAAGACAUCGACGUGCUACAGAAGUGCGAGGUCAAUCCCAAGCCACUACAAGUUCUCAACAAGGAAGUUGAACCAAGAUGCACCGUCGAUUGGAUACCAUUGCGUCCCAGGUUUUGGCGACGACGCUGCUCUAGUAAAGGAGAAUCUUGCAUAUUACUCCAAGUGAAAGACGUUCCCUUAAUUGGAAUUUCUACAAGCUCUAAAACUCGAAUGACAUCAUUAAACAGCAACAUGUCAUCUGUAUUCUCACCGGGUCUAUUCCUAUUUUCCAUCGAUCUGAUAAAAUUGAAAUCUCCCAUUAAAACCCAAUUAUCAUUGGGAUCAAUUUGCAGCUCAUAAAGCCAGUCAGUGAAUUCCACACGUCUGUCACCAGAACAAGGUCCAUAUAUGUUGCAGAGGGUCCAAGAGGAGGAGGUGUGGUUUGAAGUGAAACGAAUUAUAAUGGCCCAAUGGUUACUAUAAAAAUCACAUUACCAGUGAAACAAGCACUGUUCCAGAUCGUAAUUAGGCCCCCAGAAUAUAGGAAUGAUCAAAAUGUUCCCUUUUAGUUGCUUGUAGACAGACUACAGAGGCUGCAUUGUCAUUAAUAUGAAGCCUGAGAGGAGCAUGUUUUUCUUCUGA